AUGACCGACCGGUGCUUUGAAUGGCACAGUAGUCGUGAUUUAAUGAACACUUCCUCCUCCUUGUCCUCAAUAGUCAACGGAAGGGACGCAAAGAGGGCUGAAUUGCCAUAUAUUGUAUACAUCGAGGAGUGGAUAGACAACGAAAUUAAUGGUCGUUGUACGGGAACUGUACUCAACCAGCACUGGAUACUGACUGCUGCCCACUGUUAUAAUGACUGUGACAGUUGUUUAUAUAAAAUAUAUGCGGGAAUUAUAGAUAUUAGAUAUCCGGGCAUUGAUUAUGGUAUCAAUAGAGUCAUUGUUCACGAAAACAAUUCACGAGUCAAUGACUUAGCACUGAUUAAUGUGAAAAUACCGAUGAAUUUCAGUGCAAACAAUGGUUUUUAUCGGCAGAUAAACGGUAUUUGUUUGCCGACUAUCGAUCAAAACAAUACCGACUACGAGUACGCCGUAAUCGCCGGUUUUGGUUUGACUGCCGGAGAUGAAAGGAAAUCUGAGUUACAAAUGGGUUGGAUUCGCAUCAAUCCUAUUGAUCCAAACGAUCCAAAUGUUUUAUAUGCCGUCACAUAUCCGGAACCGCCUAACGGCACACAUCUUUGCAAUGGUGAUUCCGGUGGUCCACUAAUACAGUAUACAAACGGUAGGGCUGUCCUAAUAGGAGUCGCUGUUAGAGUUAACGGAAUAUUUGGAUUAUUUAUAAUCGGUGUUUGCAAUGUUGUUGAUGUUGUUGUUGGCCUACAAAUCGGUGAUUAUCCGGACAUUAUUAAUACUACUGACUGUGGUAUCGGUCGAGAGUCGCAACUGAUGACCGACCGGUGCUUUGAAUGGCACAGUAGUCGUGAUUUAAUGAACACUUCCUCCUCCUUGUCCUCAAUAGUCAACGGAAGGGACGCAAAGAGGGCUGAAUUGCCAUAUAUUGUAUACAUUGAGAAAUGGAAAGACAACGACAAUACUCGAUGUACGGGAACUGUACUCAACCAGCACUGGAUACUGACUGCUGCCCACUGUUAUGAGGAAUGUGACAAUUGUUUAUAUAAAAUAUAUGCGGGAAUUAUAGAUAUUAGAUAUCCGGGCAUUGAUUAUGGUAUCAAUAGAGUCAUUGUUCACGAAAACAAUUCAGCUGUCAAUGACUUAGCACUGAUUAAUGUGAAAAUACCGAUGAAUUUCAGUACAAACAAUGGUUACUAUUAUCGGCAGAUAAACGGUAUUUGUUUGCCGACUAUCGAUCAAAACAAUACCGACUACGAGUACGCCGUAAUCGCCGGUUUUGGUUUGACUGCCGGACAUGAAAGGAAAUCUGAGUUACAAAUGGGUUGGAUUCGCAUAAACCCUAUUAACCCAAACGAUCCAAACAUGUUAUAUGCCGUCACAUAUCCGGAACCGCCUAACGGCUCACAUCUAUGCAAUGGAGGGGGGUCUUUAGGAGGUAAAAUGACAAAAAUCUUAGAGGUGUAG